UCAUUUAUGUCACUGUCACUCAAUAACGUGACAUUUUUGACAUUUCACGACAUAAUUGUUCACUAUAAUUUAAGGUUAUUUUGUUAAACAAAAAAUGUAAAUAAGACCGCAAAAUGCCCUUAAUUAUAAUAUGUGGAACACCAGUAAGUGGUAAAACAACUAGAGCAAAGGAACUCAAAGAAUUUUUCGAGCAAAAACAUGGGAAACGUGUUGAGAUUAUAUCUGAAGAAGAAGCAAUAAUAAUUUUAGGAUAUGAAAAAAACUCCACGUACUUGGAUUCACAGAAAGAGAAAAGAGUUAGAGGACAUCUAAAGUCAGAGGUUAUUAGACUAAUAGGCAAAGACAGUGUUGUUAUUUUGGAUGGAAGCAAUUAUAUCAAAGGUUAUCGCUAUGAACUUUAUUGUGCAUCAAAGGCAUGUAAAUCAACACAGUGCACCAUUUAUACUAUACGUAAUCAUGAUGAAGCAUGGGAAGAUAAUAAGAACAUGUUAAAUAAUGCUAAUAUAAAUGAAAACAUUGAUGUACCAAGAAAUAAUAGUCCACUAAACAAGCAGCCAGUAGCGUAUACUGAAGAAGUAUUCAAUGCAUUGACUAAAUUUAGAUUUGAAGAACCAAACUCAAACCACAGAUGGGAUAGUCCACUGUUUACUGUACAGCCAAGUGACAAUCUUGAUUUAGAUGCUAUUUAUAGUGUUCUAUUUGAAAAGAAGCCACCUCCGCCAAAUAUGAGCACACAAAAUCCACCACUCAGUGCCACAAACUUCCUCUAUGAAUUGGACAAAGUUACACAAUCAAUAUCGAAACAGAUUUUAGAUGCCAAACAACUGAAUAUGGAUGAGGUAAGAUUCCCUGACUAUCCAGGCUGCUCAUUAGAAGCUGGAUUUAUCCAAAAUAUUAAUCCUCAGAAACUAUUGAGAUUUAGAAGACAAUUCUUAACAUAUGCCAAGAUGAAUCAUUCAAAUGAAGAGACAAAUAAAAUUGGAAGAUAUUUUAUACAAUAUUUAAAUAAAACACUUACAGAUUAAUAUCUUAUUUAUUUUAUAAACUGUAUACAACUUUAGCUUAAACAUAUUGACAAAUUUUGACGUGUUAUUAUAUGGAUAGUCAGUCAGUUCCCGUGACUUUUGCUUGGAUACCUAGCAAUCACAUGCAGAUUUAAUAUAAGUUAUGUUACACGUACAAUAUGUGCCAGUCAUGGCGUUUUAAUAACCAUAGACUAUGUUUCCCAAUGUUUAAAUGUCUUUUAUGAAAACAGACAAUUUAGUUAAUAAUAAUAGUGGUGAUACCAUAUGUAUAUACAACAUUUGUAUUCCCAGUCUAAAUCUACAAUGAAUGUGGUAUGUAUGGUAAAAAUAACCAAGAAUUGACCAUUUUUAAAUGACAUGUACUUUUAUAUGAAUCUAUAGUUUAUAUAUCACAGGCUAGGCCACAAACUAAACGGAUUCUAAUCACAGAUUUGAGAUCUUUAUCCCAUACCUCAGAGGUAAAGAAAUAUUGUCCAACCUAGAUAAAACUCCAAAUAUUCCUACAAACAAUGAAAUAUAGACAUAUCAAUAUCUAUGACAUUUAUUUCAGCAAUGAUUACACAAUAAAAUUAAAAAAAAA